AAUGUUGCCCGAAUCCUCCGGUUGGGAUCAGCUGAGACGGGAACGGGAACAGGAACAGUGCCUGCGGGCGAUGCCGUUCGGGGCUGUCCUGGUGCAGGUGGGAGCCCUGGGCCGGUUCCAGCUGCUGCAGACGGUGCUGCUGGUGCUGCCCCUGCUGCUCAUGGCCAGUCACAACCUGCUGCAGAACUUCACUGCCGCUGUCCCCCCCCACCGCUGCCGACCGGCCCCUACCAACGGCAGCCGGGGGGGGGGCAACGGCACCGGCGGCACCGUCGGGUCCUGCCUGCGGGACACCGGGAACGGCAGCACCGAGGGAUGUGCUGAUGGAUGGGAGUAUGACCACAGCACUUAUGUGGCUACCAUUGUGACUGAGUGGGACCUGGUCUGCAGCUACCGGCAGCUCCGGCAGAUGGCCCAAUCCAUCUACAUGGCCGGGGUCCUGGUGGGGGCCCUUGUCCUGGGGGGCCUCUCAGACAGGUUCGGGCGCAAGGCCAUGCUGAUGUGGUCCUACCUGCAGCUGGCAGUGAUGGGAACCUGCACUGCCUUUGCCCCCAACUACGCGACCUACUGCGUCCUGCGCUUCGCUGGGGGCAUGGCCCUAUCCGGCUUCGGGCUCAGCAUCGCCUGUCUGGUGGUGGAGUGGAUCCCCACAUCUCACCGCGCUGUCACCGUGGCCAUCACCGGCUUCGCCUACACCCUGGGCCAGAUCCUGCUGGCUGGGGUGGCCUUUGCUGUGCCCCAUUGGCGUCAUCUGCAGCUCACUGUGUCCCUGCCCUUCUUUGGGUUCCUGCUCUACUCCUGGUGGCUGGCCGAGUCCGCGCGCUGGUUGGUGCUGUCAGGCAGGGCCGAGGCAGCCGUCAGGGUCCUGCAGCGCGUGGCCAGGAUCAAUGGAAGGAAAGAGGAAGGGGAGAAGAUCACAGUGGAGAUCCUGAGGUCCCACAUGAAGGAGGAGCUCGCAGGGCUCAAGGCCUCCUACAGCAUCUCUGACCUGGUCCGGACACCCGUCAUCAGACGCAUCUUCUGCUGCCUCUCCAUUGUCUGGUUCUCCACCAGUUUCUCCUAUUACGGGCUGGCCAUGGACCUGCAGAACUUCGGGGUCAGCAUUUACCUCAUCCAGGUGAUCUUUGGGGCUGUGGACUUCCCAGCCAAGGUGGUGGUGACCAUCUCAUUGAGCUACAUUGGCCGGCGCCUGUCCCUUGCGGUCGCGCUCUUCGUGGCAGGCUUGGCCAUCAUCGCCAACAUCUUCGUGCCCACAGAUCUGCAGACCCUGCGCACGGCGCUGGCAGUGCUGGGCAAGGGCUGCCUCUCAGCCUCCUUCAACUGCGUGUUCCUCUACACCACCGAGCUCUACCCCACCCCUAUCAGGCAGACGGGGCUGGGCUUCGGCAGCACCAUGGCGCGUGUCGGUGGCAUCGUGGCUCCGCUGGUGAAGAUGCUGGAUGAGUCCUACCCCCUCCUGCCCCCCGCGGUCUAUGGGGUGUUCCCAGUGGUGGCGGCCGCGGUGGCCGCGUUCCUGCCGGAGACACUCAACAUGCCCCUGCCGGACACCAUACAGGAGGUGGAGAGCAGGGCCAAGCGGAAGCCCAAGGAAGACCCCAAGGAGAAGAUCCCAUUGGAGCCGCAGGAGAAGGUGCUGCAGAAGGAGCCCUGAGGGCCCAGGGGGGUGCUGGGACACAGCUCCCUGCACCCCCAAUGGGACCCCCCACCCCCAUAUAGGGAUGGGGAUGGAGGAGUCCUGGGGGCAAUAAAGCAGCUCU